AGACACCAGUUUUAGGUACAAUCCAGUGGUACGGCAGGAACAACAACCUGCGGUGUUGUAAAUAUACAUGCAGUGUCAGCACCCCCAAGAGUGCAUGUUGGGAAUUAAGUCCAUUUUAAUAGAGUGAGUUGUUCUAAUACCUUCGGUGGCUAUUCUUCAGAGCAGAGAUAGACAGAACAUUUAACCAGAAUGAUAUCAGCACGAACAACCACAACUCUGAUCUGUUUGUGCUUAGUAACAGGUCUCCUGAUCUGCAAAUCUGACCAGUCUAAGAAUCCAUGCUCCUCCACUGAUCAGGACAUUAAAACUUUCAUCGCUCAGUUACAGGACGCAGCCCUGUGUGCAGGCAAUGUGACGAGGCCCUGGACAGACAACCAGACCGCUGGUCUGCUGGACUCGGUCCGAACACUCGCAGACAUCCUGGAGAAACACCAGACAAAAUUUUGUAAGUUUGACUUUCCAAACGAAAAUCCUGAAGAUGUCACCCCGAGAAGGAGCUGCCCUGUCCCUAGUGUCCACAAGAACGGGGGACUUGUGUGUGUGACGCUCAAACAAACACACUACUGCAAACCCAUGUGUAACGAGGGGUACGACUUCUCGUUCCUGAGGAGGAGUCGUCCUUAUGAGAAGUGCAGUAAGGACACUAGAUAUACGUGGACAACCCAAUACAUAGGAGGGAACAAGCUGGCAGACUGCAUAGAGUCUCCUAUUCCAGUCUCGGGAAGUGCUAGUGCCUACUUCCCCAAAAACCAGGACUGUCUGAAGACAGGCAAAACUGACAAAAAUGGUGUCAUCGAUCAGCUUGUCAGAGAGCUGGAGACAGACCAAACUGAGACUGAGAAUGCCUGCCUCAUCUGUGGAUAACCACACAUUAGCAUUUUGGAUCUGAAUGUCAGAUGUAGCAGACCACUUAGUCAAAUGGUCUGAACUAAACUAAUCCAGGCCAGGCACUUGGGUUAAGGUCAAAGAAGCAGUGGUCAAUCGUGGAAUUUAAUCUUAUUGGGUAUUGAACAUUCUAAAUCAAUCUACUAGCAUUCAGACAAAUCCAGACAGCGGGCAUAUCACCCAGAGAGCGGGCAUAUCACCCAGAGAGCGGGCAUAUCACCCAGA